UUUGUUGCUAUGCAGCCUCUUGACAGUGCAGCUUCCGAAUGUAGGUUAGCGGAAGUGACGUCGGAGCCGAGCCUCCCACACCCGAACUGCGUUCUCUUGUCGAGUGGGUUUCCCCCGACACACGUGCCGUUGACAUGCAUUAUAAGGGCCGCCAAGUCGGUCGAUUGUGGAUAAAUACGCGAUCUUGUUCCGUCUUAUAAGCGCACAGCUUCAGGAUAAACUAAGCUUGCUCGCCACAUGUGCGUCACUUUAUUUUGAAAGUCAAACACAGGCACUUGUUUCGUCGCACAAUGUACAUGUGCACUUACCCACGCAUGGACGUGUAUUUGAUCAGCAUAUUUGGCUAAUACAACGUCAUCAAGUCGUUCAUGUUUUGACGUACACUCCGUUUCGAGCGGCUGGAGAGUUUCAAAGAGCCUUUACUCUGGUAGUCCAAACCGGAUGUACUUUCCUCAUUCGUUACCUUGACUAUCUUGCUGGCUACAAAACGCAGUCGGGAGGACCACUUUUGAGAUCUUUUCUAGUUAAACCAAGCCAAAGCUGCAUAUUUAUUCCUUGUAAACACUUUUUGUCGAGUUGCCCGUUCGCCGCUUCGUCAUGAAGUCCACUUUGUGUCCCGCUGGACGCCUGGAGACCAACUAAAAGGUCGUCGCCCCCAGAUGUCGUCGCCUCAGCUGAGACUUCUGUUCAUGAACGGAGGCGGAGCUUGGCGGCCGCUGCUGGGAUGACUAGCGGACAUGGGGACGGAGGAGACGCCAUAUUGACUCCGCCCACGUUCUCCUACUAACUCUUCUCAGGCAAAGCACAGCUACUUUUCUAUUGGCAUUCAGGAAGUCUGGUGUGCGAUGGCGUCCGAGGGCUUCCAGUACCGUGCGCUGUACGACUACAAGAAGGAGCGCGAGGAGGACAUCGACCUGCACGUGGGCGACAUGCUGCUGGUCAGCAAGGGGGCGCUGCUGGUGCUGGGCUGCAGCGGCGGCGCCGAGGAGCGCCCUUCUGAGAUCGGCUGGCUGCCCGGCUUCAACGAGACCACGCAGGAAAAAGGCGACUUCCCGGGCACCUAUGUGGAGUUUGUUGGCAGGAAGAAGAUGUCCCCGCCCACACCGAAGCCCCGCCCACCCAGGCCGCCAUCCGCCGCCUCAGUGAGGACAGACUCUGAGUCUGAAGGCGUCACCUUGCCAGAACAGUUCGGACCGCCCGACACGGCCCCGCCCCUCCUCAGCAGACUGAUGGAGGCCAUCGAGACCAAAGGUGCAGACUGUCCUGGCGUUUACCGCGGCGUGGGCGCAGGAAGUGUGGACUGGCGGCAGCUGGCGGACGCAGACCUGGAGCAGCUGGAGGUGUCGGCGCUGUGCGACGGGGUGGUCCGCUUCUUGCAGGACCUCCCCGGACCCGUCCUUCCGGCCUCGCUGCAGGCCGACAUGAUGCACGCCGCGCAAGAGGUCACAGACCCCGAGGAGUGUGCCAGGGUGCUUUUGGGCGUGGCCAGCUCUCCUACGUGCCCCGCCCAGUACGGCCUCACCCUGCUCAGCGUGGUCCGACACCUCGCCAGACUCUGCGUGCACGCCGCCCACAACCAGCUCAGCGUGAUGGGCCUCGCACAGAUCUUCAGCCCGCUUCUCUUCAGACACACGCCCACAGGGUCUGAGUCUGGUCCAGAUCCUCUUGUCCAGGCCCUGGAGGUUCUGAUCAGCAGUGAGCUCAACAUGAACCAGGCUGCUCCAGCUUUGCCUCCCAAGCCGGCCAAGUCCUCCACGCCGGCGGCCGCCCCGUGCACCUUCAACAACAGCAUGGCGCUGCAGGACGCCGAGUGGUACUGGGGCGACAUCUCCAGGGAGGAAGUCAACGAGAAGCUACGGGACACCGCCGACGGCACCUUCUUGGUGCGGGACGCCUCUACCAAGAUGCACGGGGAUUACACGCUGACCCUGAGGAAGGGAGGCAACAACAAGCUGAUCAAGAUCUUCCAUCGGGAGGGCAAGUACGGCUUCUCAGACCCGCUCACCUUCAGCUCGGUGGUGGAGCUCAUCAACCAUUACCGCCAUGAGUCUCUGGCGCAGUACAACCCCAAGCUGGACGUCAAGCUGCUCUACCCGGUCUCCAAGCACCAGCAGGACCAGGUGGUGAAGGAGGACAGCGUGGAAGCCGUGGGCAAGAAGCUCCACGAGUACCACCUGCAGUACCAGGAGAAGAACCGCGAGUACGACCGGCUGUAUGAAGAAUACACCAGAACCUCUCAGGAGAUCCAGAUGAAGCGGACGGCCAUCGAGGCCUUCAACGAGACCAUCAAGAUCUUUGAGGAGCAGUGUCAGACGCAGGAGCGCUUCAGCAAGGAGUACAUCGAGAAGUUCCGCCGGGAGGGCAACGACAAGGAAAUCCAGAGGAUCGUGGAGAACUACGACAAGCUGAGGUCACGCAUCAGCGAGAUCGUGGACAGCAAGCGCCACCUGGAGGUGGACCUGAAGAAGCAGGCGGCGGACUACAGAGAGAUCGACAAGAAGAUGAACAGCAUCAAGCCAGACCUCAUCCAGCUGCGCAAGACCAGAGACCAGUACCUCAUGUGGCUGACACAGAAGGGGGUCCGUCAGAGGAAGUUGAACGAGUGGUUGGGUCUGAAGAACGAGACCACAGAAGACGAGUACAGCAUGGUGGAGGAUGAGGAGGACCUUCCUCACCAUGACGAGCGACUGUGGCGACUUGGAAACAUCAACCGCCUUCAGGCUGAAUCUUUGCUGCGCAGCAAGAAGGAUGGAACCUUCCUGGUGCGAGACAGCAGCAAGCAGGGCUGCUACGCCUGCUCUGUGGUGGUGGACGGCGAGGUGAAGCACUGCGUCAUCAACAAGACGAGUACGGGCUUCGGCUUCGCUGAGCCGUACAACUUGUACUCGUCCCUGAAGGAGCUGGUGCUGCACUACCAGCACACCUCACUGGUGCAACACAACGACUCUCUCAACGUCACGCUGGCCUUCCCCGUCUACAGCCAGCAGCGCCGCUGACACGCCCCCUUUCCAACACGGCCGACUUCCCCGUCUACAGCCAGCAGCGCCGCUGACACGCCCCCUUUCCAACACGUCCGACUUGUGCUUCCUGUCCAAACUGGAACUAUGACGGAGGACUUUGGACCCGCCUUCCCUGUCAAAAUGAGGUACUGACGCGGCGGCCUCUGACUGAGCUAACUCCAAAGACUCCGCCCCUUCUUUGGGCGCCGUCCGAACAUCCCGUCACGAAACACUUUUGCUUUUUCCGGCGCAUUAACGUUUGGAGUCCAGUAUUUUAACACCCGUUGCCGCGGCAACCACCUGUGCUUUCACCAUGCUCUUAUUUUGAAAUGUUUUUCACCUAAUCAACUUUGUGUCAAUAAAAGACUUUUCGCUG